AUGACGCUUCUUUUACAGUCGGAUAAAUCUCCUAAAGGCGUACCAUUGACUGAUCUCGAAAUUUCAUGGAUGGCAUCAUUACCAUACAUAGUAAGCGUACCCAGUACAUACAUAAUGGCUGAAAUUGGUGAUCGAUAUGGAAGAAAACUGGCACUUCUAUUAGCAACCGGCAGUGCUGCUGCCACAUGGCUUCUUAAGCUGUGCUCGAUGAGUAUCUGGGCAUUUAUAGCAGCGAGGAUUUUGGUUGGCAUUACCAUGUCCGGAUCUUGUGUCAUCUGUCCCACUUACAUCAAAGAAAUCUGUGACAGCAAUAUACGGGGUGCUCUGGGAUGCUGGGAUGCAUCAAAAUCUCUGAUAUGGCUCCGGUGUAAAAGUAAAUACGAUUCAACUAUUAAAGAGGAAAUAGACUACAUCAAAGAAGAACAUGAAAAGGAUGAAGGGCAGGGACCAUUUUUAGUGAUGAAAAUUUUGAGUAAUAAUAUUCUUCGCAGAGCGUUCUAUAUAUCCCUAGUAAUAACAUUAUCUAGAGAGCUAUGCGGAUUAGUUCAGAUUACGACAUUCGCUGGGGACAUAUUCCAACUGACAGUUGCUCAGUCAAUAAUUAAACUGAGUCCUAAUCAAAAAGCAAUCGUGACUGGAUUUGUUCAACUUUGCGGCGUUACUUUAGCUUCGGUACUGAUUGAGAGAUGUGGUCGGAAGCCGCUGAUCUUCAUCAUGUCCUUCAUUUCUGGUUUGAGCAUGUGUGUGUUAGCCACCUGGUUUCUUCUACAACACUUCAACCCUCCAGGAUAUAUUCCCGUUAUAUCUCUGUGCAUUUGUAUUUUUUGCGAUAACUCUGGCACUUUACCACUAUCUCUAGUAUUGACAGGCGAGAUGUUCUCUUUCAAGUAUCGAGGCACUGUGCUGGCAACGACGAUGUCUGUCGCGUGCAUCGUGAAUUUCAUCCAGCUUUUAUUUUUCAAGUCUAUAAUCAAAGUGAUGGGUAUUUAUUUCGUAUUUUAUUUCUUUGGAGCUGUAUGUUUGUUUACGGCGGUGUAUGUUAUGAUAAUGUUACCAGAGACUAGGAAUAGGAAAUUAGAAGAUAUUUAUUAUGACCUAAGUACGAGUAAAGAGAAGAUGGAGUUGGGAGAUCGAAAUACAGUUUCUAUACCAGCAUUUUCUUAUGGAAAUUCUAUUGGAUGGAUGUCUCCUAUGACCCUUCUCCUACAAUCACCGGAGUCACCCAAAGGUGUGCCAUUGACUGAUCUCGAGGUUUCGUGUAUGGCGUCCUUGCCUUAUGUAGUGUGUAUACCCGGUACGUACUUAAUGGCAGCCAUCGGAGAUCGUUAUGGAAGAAAACUUGCUCUUCUCACAAUGUCUGUUACCUCAAUUACCAUCUGGCUUCUCAAGCUAUGUUCGAUGAAUAUUUGGGUGUUUAUCUUAGCGAGGAUGUUGGUUGGCAUUACUAUGUCUGGCGCAUGUGUGACCUGUCCUACAUAUAUCAAAGAAAUCAGUGACAAUGAUAUCAGGGGCGCCUUAGGAUGCUGGGGUACCAUAUUUUUUACUAUGGGAUGUUUGUUUUCUUAUAUCAUCGGGGACUUGUGUAGCUACCGUUUAAUUCUUCUGAUUUUGUUGUUGGUACCAGUCUCACAUUUUGUGAUAUUCCUGACGAUGCCAGAAUCUCCGUCCUAUCUUUUAAAGAAAGGAAAAGAUGAGGAAGCAUCGAAAGUAUUGAUGUGGCUUAGAUGUAGAAAAGAAUAUGAUUUAGCAAUCAAAGAAGAAAUUGAAUAUAUUAAAGAAGAGCAAAAGAAAGACGAACAUCAGGCAGUAUUCUUAUUAAAAAAUAUUGGGAAAGAUAACAUUCUUCGUAGAGCAUUCUACAUAUCAUUAGUAGCUGCUAUGUCCAGAGAACUCUGUGGAAGUGUCCCAAUUUUAAUAUUUGCUGGAUAUAUAUUUAAAAUAUCAUCAGAGGGAACAGGGAUCGAGUUGAGCCCCAACCAGAGUUCCAUGGUGUUAGGAGCUGUUCAGUUACUUGGAGCUACUUUAGUCUCAGCAAUCGUCGAAAGAUUUGGACGGAAGCCCUUGCUUCUAGCGACUUGUCUCCUUUCUGGUACCAGCUUGUGUAUUCUUGCAUCCUGGUUUGUCUUCCAAAACUUCGAUCCACCAUCUUGGAUUCCCGUGACCACAUUAUGUAUAGUCAUUUUCUGUGAUUCGUGUGGCCUCCUACCGUUAACGCUUGUUUUAACGAGCGAGAUAUUUUCGUAUAAGUAUCGAGGCAUAGUACUAGCAACAACAAUGGCACUAGCAUCUAUAGCGGAUUUUUUCCAGCUUAUUCUAUUUAAGUUUUUAAUCAAAGUGACCAGCGCCUGUUCAGUAUUUUAUAUUUAUGGUGUCAUUAGUAUUCUGACUGCGGUCUAUGUAUUCAUUAAAGUACCAGAAACUAGGAACAGACAAUUAGAAGAUAUAUAUUAUGAUCUGAAAACCAAAAAGGAGAAAAGGCAAUUGGAAACCGUAUUGCAAUUUAGGCCGAUAAAUAUUACAAAUAACAUGAUAAGGUAG